AUGCCACAGACGUCUACGGUAGUGCUUAUAACUAAACAACUGGCGCUAGCAACUGCUUUAGAAAUAGACAAAUUUUCAAAAGUCGAUUUCAGGGAAAAAUCGCGUGUGGUCUUGGGCCACAAUUGCACUCUUGGACCCCAUCUUCGUGUCCUAGAAUAUGCCUACCAUCCUGACUUCAACAACAAUUACUACAGUGCUCUAGCCAUGGUACAGAUCAAAGGAACUAUAAGACAAGAUUGCUCUAGUGCAAUGGUCAGAGUCUACAAAAUGGAGUAUGUGGACUUAAACGAGUGCAGAGAUUAUUACAGAAGAAAUGACUUGGACGUCGAAAGUUUAUGGCCGAAACACGUUUCAUGCGCUAAAAGUUUAAAAGGUGGCAGUUGUAUGUGGAGAAGUGGGACCGUGCUUGUAACUAAACAACAAGGAAAAUGGCGAUUACUUGGAGUCGGUGUGUAUGGUCCUGGAUGUGAGGCUCCAUCACGAUUUCUUGAUUAUGGCAGGUACCACUAUUGGGUAGCCAGAUCCAUCGCUAGGAUUGGCAAAGUGGCUGUCACCAGAAUGGGUCCUGGCCAUCUUAUAUUACGACGAUGCAAGUUUUUUUUCUAUUUGCUAACACUACACUCUAAAUCCGAUUAUUCUUGCAUUGUUUUACGUAUAUGGCAUAAAGGCGAAGUAACCUCCAAGGCAUCACUCAAACUUCAUAAAUGGUGUCACAGUCCAUAUAUGAUGUGUGGAUCAGCAAAUUCUAUGACAAUAUUUUUCAACGUAGAAAUAACUUUUGAACAGCAGCUGGAAUACAAUGUCAGAGCUUUUGGAAGAGAGUUUAAGUAUAUUGAUGCUAAAAGAAUUUUAUAUUACCUUAAUCAGAGAAAAACUCAUCCACCGUUGCCGUGGGACAAAACGGAUGCUUUGUCAAUGUCAUCAUGUGGAAUAGACAAUUCACCAGUGAACAUGGUGUACGAAGGUCAAGCGCAAAUCGAAACUUAUCCAUGGCUUGGCAUAUUGUACUACCCCAUACACUACAAACGGUUCACAACGGCUGUGGUUCUCGUUACAAGACAGUUAGCCCUGGCUGCUGCUUCAGAGAUAGAACGACUACCUAAAGAUGAUUUUAGGGCCCGUGCCCGUGUGGUGCUAGGUCACAACUGUAGUGGUCCUCACCUCACAAUACGAGACUACUCCUACCAUCCAGAAUAUUCUUCUAAAACAUUCAGUGCCCUAACGAUGAUUCAGUUGGAAACAGACUUAUCAGACUUAAGUGAGAAUCGGAUGGCCAGGGUUCGCCAUGUUAAAUUGCUGAAAAGCUCUUGCUUGUCUUUGCAGUUGGGCUUCGGAGUUUAUGGUCCAGGGUGUCAGGCACCGUCGAGGUUCCUGGACUAUGGCAUGUAUCACAAGUGGGUGGAGCGUAAUGUUCAGAGAAUUGGAAGACCAACUAUCACAACGAUAUCAGAUAAUCAUGUAAUAUUUAGGAGAAUGUCGGGUCAUAUACAGAGAUUUGGUCCAUGUGAUAGAGAAGAGACUGUAAGAGAAUUGUACUCGGACAGGGAUGCUAUAGAAGUAGCUGGCUAUAGAAAUGGACACUUUUCAUAUAAUGUCUCAUUAUAUGCGAACGUGGAAUAUUCAUGCGUCACAUUUAGAGCAGAUCAUAGCAGCUCCAAAUUAAAAGAAGCACCAAAAUUACACAUUCAAAGAUGGUGUGCAGGGUCUACAGGAAUCUGUUUUGGAUUUGGCUAUCUGUCCAUACAUUUCCGAAUAUCUGUGAGAUUUAAGGACAAUUUUAGGUUCAUAUUAAGGGCAUAUGGGCAAGAAGCUAAAAUAGUCGAUCCAAGGAAGGCUAUAGAAUAUAUAAAUCUAAAAAUGCAAUAUCCUACUAUUCCAUAUGUUCACGAAGUUCGUGACAAGAUGAAAAAUAGUGCUUAUGGCCCAUACAUAUACACGGUGUAA